CUACCACCAUCAAAGGAUCCUUUCUAUAUACCACCGAUGGGAUAUGAAAAAGAAUCGCCAGGUACCAUUUUAAGAUCUCGAACGUUAUCAACGGGAACUGUCGAUAUUCUUUCCACUUUUCCUCUCAACAUUUCAAAGAUUGUACAACUCCUUUAUCGCACAACCGAUGGUCUAAAUGAACCCAUCACUGCUGUCACUACAUUGUUGAUUCCUUAUGGUGCUGAUUAUGGUAAAUUGGUAUCAUAUCAAGUGGCAGAAGACAGUCCGUUUAUAGAUUGUGCUCCUUCUUACUCAUUAACAAGAGGUGGAAGUACUUUCAAUGAUCUCUCUCAGGCGGAAAUUUUACUGAUGGAUACUCUUCUUGCGCGUGGCUGGUGUGUAGCCGUACCAGACUAUCAAGGUGCAAAAUCUAUGUUUAUGGUUGGAGCAAUGGCAGGUAAUGGUGUGCUUGAUGGGAUACGAGCGGUGCUUUCCGGUGCAAAUGGUUUUACAAGCACAUCAUCAUCAUCAUCAUCAUCAUCAUCAAAUUCAUCAAAGACAUUAUUGAGUGUUAAAAAUACAGCUGUGCAGCUCUGGGGGUAUUCUGGAGGAGCUUUAGCGACAGGAUGGGCAACACAAUUACAUGCAACGUAUGCCCCUGAACUUAACAUCAUCGGUAGUGCUAUGGGUGGAACACCUGCGGAUAUCAAUGCAAGCUUUGCAAAGUUGGAUAAGUCGUUUCAAUCCUCUAUCGGUGUGGCAGGUAUCUUGGGGAUGAUGAAUCAAUACACUGAGAUGAAGGAUUACAUUGAAUCUAUUUUGCGCCCGGAGACUAGGAACGAAUUCUAUAAUAUGGGUAAGUAUUGUCUUCUUGAAAUGCUUGUACGAUACCCUUAUCGCAACAUGGAAAACUUUGUGAACCGUACCGAUUACCUUGACAGUCCUGUGGCUCACAAGUGGGUGCCAGCCAGUGAACUAGGCAACUUGGGUACACCUUCCAUGCCCCUUUUUUUAUACCAUGGCAUCUAUGAUGAACUCACUCCUCAUACAUCCUUGCUCAAUCUCUAUGGUAAAUGGUGUACCGGUGGUGCACGUAUUGAAUUUCUUCAGGAACUCAUAGGUACUCACGUUAGUAUUCAACUCUCAGCUGGAUCCAAUGCCAUCCUCUUUUUGGAAAAACAAUUCAACAACUAUGAUAAAGGUUUACCUCCUCCUCCACCUGGAUGCUCUGCUAGAACUUCCGUCACUUCCUUAACAGAUCCAUUAGCGAUGAAAACCUUAGGCAAACUUGUUCGAGAUGGAUUGAAUGCCAUCAUGGGUAAUCCUCUUGGAAUUGGUCGUUUACUUUAA